AGAAGUGUAGCACUGCACUAUACUGUGACGUUGACACAUUUUAAUCUUUUCUUGUUUAUGCCGCUGAACUGUGAACAGGUAGUGGAGGUCUGCGACACAUUCAUAUAUAUACCUGUCCCAACGCUGCACCUGCACUAGUGUAGCCGUGUUCACCGAUGAGGACAGAAUGGCCUCCCCAGAAGGCAACACUCAGACAUACAAAAUGACCUCCGUGGACAACGACAUCAACCAACACUUCCAGGAUGCAAUUGAUGUGAUUCAACAGCAUUCAAAUAAUUCAUAUUACGAAUCAGAUUAUGCAUACUACGAAACUCUGGGUAGCCAGCAACCAUCUCUGCAGUGUCAGAUCUCCUGCUGCCUUGUCACACACCAGUCUGAUGUACCACCUCCAGCAUAUGACUGGAACGAUGUGACUCAGCAGUCUUGGCCUCAGGUUAUCCCUGAUGUGCCCCUGGGUCAAUCUGUGCAAAAUGAAUCACCUCAUUUCUACUCCGUCUUACCACCACAGAGGAACAGCAAAGGUCGUAAGAAGCUCAGACUUUAUGAGUACCUCCAUGAGGCUCUGAAUGACCCCAGCAUGGGCGACUCAAUCCAGUGGACAGACAGUGGCAGCGGCACUUUCCACUUCAUCUCCAAGAACAAAGAGAAGUUGGCUGAAUGCUGGGGCCAGCGCAAGGGUAACCGCAAGACCAUGACUUAUCAGAAGAUGGCAAGGGCUCUGAGGAACUACAGCCGCACUGGCGAGAUCAUGAAAGUGAGGCGCAAACUUACUUACCAGUUCAACCCAGACAUCUUGCACAGGCUCGGCUCCACACAGGUGCACCUGCCCUGCCCCCCAGCCCAAGAGGAGGUCCAAACCCGGCAGCAGACCCCGGCUGAACAGAGUUACUGCGGCGCUGCGGCGGCAGACUGGCACAGCUGGUUUGGACACUACCAGCUGCAGGAAGACUAUGACCUGGCCUCAAGCUUCACUUCACACAGUCUAACCAAACUCUGAGUAAGAGAACGGUUUGAUCACAGAGGAGAAACUUCUCUUAAAGCCUUACAGAUUUGCCAGAGAUUUAUGUUAUCACAUGUUAAAGUGGGAUUGUUCAUAUCACGUACCAUAACGCUCUUCAGUUUCAAGAACCUUUAUUUUAGAAUGUGAAUCAUGAAAUGUGUUUCUUUUAGAAGAUUCUCAUCACUUUAAUAAGAUGUGUUUCAGUAAACAAGAUACUUAAUUGCUUAUUUACCCAUACAUCGCAGCUAAUGCCUGCACACGUUUUAACAUGUAGUGCAGACUUGACUGGUUGACAUUUUCAGAUCUCAUAGCUACUCAUGGUAACAGAGACCUCUUUCUGUAUUUCUGUUAAACUUUUAUAUUUAAUUUAAUUCUAAAAUUAUGUUUUAAAAAAACACACUGACUAUUUUUCUUGGAUUUACAAAUUGCCAAUCAAAUGUGUUUGAAUAUGUUAUAUAAAGUUAAAUUGAGUGUAAAUUCUCAGCCAAAAAGUAAUUUAAAUUAAUACUAACCAAAGUUUUUCAAAUUGAUCAAUUUCUUUUUUUCUUUUUUGUUAGAAAACCUAAACUAAAAACUAACAAGGUUUCAAUCACUUUGACAUCUUUAAUUAACAAAAUGUUUUUAUCUGACAUGCAACUUGCAACUUGCAAAUACAAAGAUUUAGUUCACCUUCAACCUUUAAAAGUCAGUAUCCCUAAGUGUUGUUUGUGGCCUACACUAAGAAAUGACAUCUAAAACCAGAAAAAUAUAUGUAUAUUUUUUCUAAUAAAAGUAAAACUACAUUAUGUAAGAUUUACCCCAAAAUGUUAAAAAAAAAAGGAUGUAAAAAAACUUUACUCACAAUGGAGACACCCUGUUUUGACUGUGUGUGUGUGUGUGAGUGGGAAUAAAGAUUAUCUUUUAUAACAAUAUUAUUAAUCUAUAUUCUAAAGUUGUCUAUGGCUCCUGCAACAAGCAACCAGUAAUAAGCAUUCUGUGUAAUCACAUGUAAAUCUGAUAAUUUUCUUGAUGAAAUUGUUAAAGAAAAAUUAUCUUUGUAUAAUUUUAUAUUUAUGUUUAUAUAAUAAAGUUUCUUUUGUUCAGCGAGAAGUUUAAUAAAAAAAAACUUUAUUAUAUUAUUAUUUUCUUUAAAUGAAUUCAACCAAUAAAUGAGUCUGUGUACCAUCA